ACCGCACCCCAACCAAUCUUAAAUGGGCUGGAAGCGGCCGAGGAAGCAUUGAAGCAAACACACACACACACACGCAAGGCCAAAUGGCGGAAGGAAACCACACGCUGACCAUCUCAGAGUUUGACUUUGAAAAACAUUUUGACCAGACUGAAGCUCAAAGAUGGAUGAAGGACUACUGGGGCACGUCAUUUGUGGUUAGCACUUUGUACGCCGCACUGGUGUUUGGAGGGCAGCGCUACAUGAGGCCCCACCCUAAAAUGAACCUGCGGAGGCCUUUGUUUGUGUGGUCACUCUCUCUCGCCCUCUUUAGUGCGACGGGUGCAGCGCGCACAGGCCGGUACAUGCUUCACAUCCUGGGCAAUGGCGGCCUGAGACGUUCCGUGUGCGAACAGAGCUUCUACGAUGGACCCGUCAGUAAGUUCUGGGCUUUCGCCUUCGCCAUGAGCAAGGUACCUGAGCUGGGCGACACGAUGUUUAUCGUGCUUCGGAAGCAGCGCCUGCUGUUCCUGCACUGGUACCACCACAUCACAGUGCUGCUGUACUCAUGGUACUCGUACAAGGAGAUGGUGGCAGGCGGCGGCUGGUUCAUGACCAUGAACUACAGCGUGCAUGCGCUCAUGUACACCUACUACGCAUGUCGCGCCGCAGGCGUGCGUGUGCCCCGCACGCUGGCCGUGGUCCUCACGGCCGCUCAGCUGGCGCAGAUGGUGGCGGGCCUGGCGGUGAACGGCCUGGUGUACCGAUGGAUGCCGUCCGUCGACUGCCCCGCGCGCCCCCGACACGUCGCCUGGGGUUCACUCAUGUACCUCAGCUACUUGCUGCUCUUUGCCGACUUCUUCUACCACGCGUACCUGGAGCCCCGGCCCAAGGCCGAGUAGCCGCGGGCCUUUCCUGUCUUCGAGUUUUGUUUUGGAAAGAUGGCGAUGAGUAUGAGAAGAGACUGAAAGCAGACACAAAAGAGUUUCAGUACACUGACCUGUUUCUUCUGGUUUGACUGCAUUGCUGCUGCCCCCCCCCCACCCCCAUGUGGCCAGCACCCAAUCAUGUGCAGCCAAAUAUUCCCACUCCUGAAAAAUGUGCCCAUUUGCAGUAUUGUGCUCUGAAACACCCUAACAUGCCAAAAGAUGGCACCAAAUCUCUGUUUAAUAGUGUUGGAGGGACGACUUUGGAAACGUAAUUGAUUACAAGUUACCCUGUUGAAACCCGAGAUCAUGAUUAUGGAUUUAACCACAUUUGGUCUUUACACAAACAAUAAACUGCUAACAUUAUGAAAUGUAAAUACAUACAAAAAAUAGUUUGUUGCAUUAUGUGUACAACAAGGAAACUGACCAUACAAUAAUGAUAAUAAUACAGACAGACAGAUAGACAUAACAUACGGGUGUGCUGGAGCCUAUCCCAGCUAACUGCGGGCAGGAGGCGGGGUACACCCUGAACUGGUUGCCAGCCAAUCGCAGGGCACAUAUAAACAAACAACCAUUCACACUCACAUUCACACCUACAGGAAAUUUUAGAGUCUUCAAUCAACCUACCACACAUGUUUUUGGGAUGUGGGAGGAAACUGGAGAACCCAGAGAAAACCCACACAGGCACGGGGAGAACAUGCAAACUCCACACAGGCAAGGCUGGAUUUGAACCAGAGUCCUCAGAAUUGUAAGGCAGAGGUGCUAACCAGUCUGUCCACUGUGCCGCACACACACGCACACACACACACACACACGCCAAGAUAUUUACCAGCAUUUGGUGCCCUCCACCCCUCCUUGAGCGGUCACCUUAUCAUGGUGGAGGGGUUUGUGUGUCCCAAUGAUCCUAGGACCUAAGUUGUCUGGGGGUUUAUGCCCCUGGCAGGGUCAGCCAUGGCAAACAGGUCCUAGGUGAGGGACCAGCUCCACAGCUCCAAUGACCCCUAUGAUGAAAACAGAGGAAAACAUGUUCCCUUGCCCAGACGCGGGUCACCGGUGCACCCCUCUGGAACCAGGCCCAGUUUGGUGACCUCAGUAUCGCAUCUCUGCUUUUCGCAGAUGAUGUGGUUCUGUUGGCUUCAUCAAGCAGUGAUCUCCAGCUUUCACUGGAGCAGUUCGCAGCAGAGUGUGAAGCGGCUGGGAUGAAAAUCAGCACCUCCAAAUCUGAUACCAUGGUCCUCAGUCGGAAAAGGGUGGAGUGCCCUCUCCGGGUCGGGGAUGAGAUCCCGCCCCAAGUGGAGGAGUUCAAGUAUCUUAGGGUCUUUUUCACGACUGAGGGAAGAAUGGAACGGGAGAUCGACAGGCACAUCGGUGCAGCAACUGCAGUGAUGCAGACGUUGUAUCGGUCCAUUGUGGUAAAGAAGGCGCUAAGCCGAAAGGCGAAGCUCUCAAUUUACCGGUCGAUCUACGCUCCUACUCUCACAUAUGGUCACGAGCUGUGGGUCGUGACCGAAAGAACAAGAUCCCGGAUACAAGCACCCGAAAUGAUUUUCCUCCGCAGGGUCUCUGGGCUCUCCCCUAGAGAUAGGGUGAGAAGCUCGGUCAUCCACGAGGGGUUCAGAGAGAGCCGCUGCUCCUCCACAUUGAGAGGAGCCAGAUGAGGUGGCUGGGGCAUCUGAUUCGGAUACCUCCCCUCCGUGGUGAGAUGUUCCGGCCAUGUCCCACCGGGAGGAGACCCCGGGGACGACGCAGCACACGCUGGAGAGACGUAGUCUCCCGGCUGGGCUCGGAAUGCCUUGGGAUCCCCCCGGAAGAGCUGGAUGAAGUGGCUAGCGAGAGGGAAGUCUGGGCUUCCCUGCUAAAGCUACUGCGCCCGCGACCCAACCUCGGAUAAGCGGAAGAAAAUGGAUGGAUGGUGCCCUCUAGUGACCAUGUGACACAAUAGCUCACCUCCCAAAACAAAUAUCUUCAAAUAAUCCCCAAAUCUUCACUGUCAAUGUGUUACAAAAAAUAUUUUCAUAAACGUGUGCUUCGUGUUCAAUAAUUUCCAAACCCUACAGUGAAGCGUUAAAAGAUGAACAUUGAUGAUCGACAUCUGAACCCUUUAAAACAGGGCUUAGCAAAGUACACCAACUGUUGGGUUGUUAAAAUUUAUUAUUUUUCCAUUCAUUUAUCUCAUUAUUAAAUUAUUUGAUUUACACGUAAUUACAUAA